AUGCGCCUCACGUCUCGCCAGAGCAUAAGCCCUUGCUCCGCCACGCCGUCGGCGCCAAUCUACCGCAAGUGCGAUGGGCAAAAUGUCAAGGAGACGGCGCUUGCCGCUUGCAACGUAGCCGCAGGAGAGUACAAAAACCAGAUGUCUGAGCACGGCUGCGACUGGACGAAAUUCUUCACCUACGGAUGUUGGGAAUGCUGCGGCGUCAUCGCCCCAUAUCCGCCGUCUCCACCGCCACCAUCACCACCGCUCCUUGCCAACAAGUGGGCCAACGCGGGCCUCAACACCGGCAUCACGUUCGCCAAGUUUGGCGCCGGCACUGCGUUCACUUUUGGCACGUCGAAUCCGUUCACGACCGACUAUGGCAAGCUCGGGCAGCAGACGGGCGAAUCCUUCUCCGAGCAGGGGAUGAAGGAGGCGCAUGGCUAUGUCGCCCUGGACGACACGGGCAUCGCAAAGACGGCCGCCACGCCCGGCCUAAACGCCUUUGAGCAGGGCGUCAAGAAAAGAAAAACACAUGGCAUGGCGGUCGAGCCCUUUGAGGCAGUCUCCGCCUUCGUCGCGCAGGUCGAGAAGAAGUACGCCUACGUGACGGACACGGCGUACACAGACGGCGGGUUGGUGGGUGCGGACAGAGCCGGCCGCGAGCAAGCCCUCCACCGGCUGGAGCGCGUCUUCCUGCCAGACGCCGGCGUGACUGGUGCCGGCGAGCACGGCGCGAUCGCGGCGGCGUGCGGCGCCAUCGAGGAGCUCGACCUGGAGGGCAACCCGAUCAGCGAGUGGCAGCCGCUUCUCGACAUCGCGGUCCAACUCCCGCGGCUCCACUGGCUCGGCCUCAACAGAUUGCCGCUGCAGCCGCUCGACGCGCUCCCUGACACGUUCGGAGCCACCCUCGGCGGGCUGCGAACGCUUUGCCUGAGCCGGACGGGCAUGGCAUGGGAGCAGCUGCUGCUCAUCGCCUCCGCGAUGCCGCACCUCGCCGAGCUCCACUUUUGCGCCAACGGCGUCGUCUCGCUCGAGCCCGCCUCCGCGAGAGGCGCCGCCGAGGCGGAGGGGGGCGGGGAGGGUCGUGCCGUCGGGAAUCUGCUCUGCGAGCGGCUGCCGGCGCUGCGGACGCUGUGGCUGGAGGACAACCAUCUCGCCUCGUGGGAGGGGGUGGCGCCGCUCGCCUCGCUCCCCCACCUCGAGGCGCUCAAUUUGAGCGGCAACAGGAUCGCGUCGCUGCCGCGCGCACACUCGGGCUUCCGCUCGCUGAGGCGGCGGCGGCGGCUCGACUCGCUGCCGGCGCUGAGCGACGCCGCGCUGCGCGACCUGCCCCUCUUCGGCGGGAUGAGCGCAUCGUCGCAGCGCCGCCUCGUCAUCGCGCGGAUGGGCUCCCUCGCCACCCUCAACGGCUCCGAGGUGCGGAGGCGGGAGCGGGAGGACGCGGAGCGCUUCUACCUCCGCUCUCUCUCCGAGUCGUACCCAGAGCCCCUCCCCGAGGGGUCGGCGGAGCUGAUCGAGCUCACCCUGCGCUCGACCGCGGCGGCGGCGGGCCACUUGCCGCCUCUCACCCGCCGGCUGCCGAGCUCGCUGCCCGUCAAGUCGCUCAAGGCGAUGGCCGGAGCCCUCUUCAAGGUGGAGCCGGCGAGGCAGGUGGUGCUCUACUCGAGGCGAGCGGGGCGCCGGAACGACAUCCCCGAGAGCCUCGACGACGAGCUCAAGCGGCUCUGCGACUACGGCGUGAUUGGCGGGGGCGAGAUCAUCAUCGAGGAGGAAGACGGAUCCUGA